CAGAUGCGCGAUAAGAUCGCGCGGGUAGAGGCGCGAGUGGGCCCGAUGGUGAAGAAACUCAUUCCCAACUUCAUCGCCGCCCAUUACGUCUACAUCCUCACAAUCUCCAUCCUUGGGUCCAUCCUUAUAUAUCCCCAAAAAAACAUUGCUUACAUCGACGCACUCUUCUUCGCCGCGUGCGCUGCGACACAAGCGGGCAUGAACACUGUCGAUGUCAACACCAUGACGCUCUUCCAACAGCUUAGCAUCUACUUCAUCACGUUGGUCACGACGCCCAUUUUCAUCCAUAGCGGGGUGCUUUUUGUGCGUCUCUACUGGUUUGAGAGACACUUUGAUAACAUCAAGCACAGCUCCAAGCUCAAUUUCAAGAUGCGGCGCACCGCAACGCUCGCAGCUCGGACAAUGUCCAAUGAGAUCCAUGAGAAUACCAUGGCUAAUACUGGCAUUGGAACGUACUAUGGAGACAAUGACGAAGAGCAAGACCAAUUCGAUGUAAAAGCAAAGGCAGGGAUGACAGGUGACGCGAGUAAUCGUAAUUGCGACGCACAGCACGAUCAGGAAGCAAAGCAUUCCCCCGAUCUGCUCUCGCUCCAAGGGAGCACGCCGUAUUCGCACACUGCGAGCCAAGAUGGAGUUAUACACAUGAGCGAACCAUCCGAUUCGGAGGACGAGCGGCUUCCGCCGGACCAGCGCCUGGUGCUUCCACACCCUCGCCGCGAGCGUAUCGAGCCCUCAGACAUGUUCAUGUCGAUCCUGAUGAUGCACCAGAGCAAGAAAGCCGGUGACGAGGAGUCCGGCCCGGCGUUGAAGAUUCGCGGCCCCGCGGAACGCGAACGGCCAUCGAACUCGCGCAAAGGAUCGAUUAUCCAAUUUGCAAUGUCCAAGCGGAUGAAGGGCGAGUCGCGUAGGUGGUUCCGCAAGUCGCAGAGCUAUAUGACAGACGAUACAACGAGGAAUGGACUGAAGUCACGGCGGGGACUGAGUGCGUCGCGUGCGUACGAAUCAAGUGAGUUUGAUGAGCGUGCGGAUGAUUAUUCGAUUAACAGUGAGCUUGACGCGUCGCGGCAGAUGACAAGAGACAGCGAGGCAUCGCGAAUGUCGAGUGAAAGCGAUACGGACGGCCAGUCGCGCCGGACCCGCAAUGACUUGUCUCGCGCCAUCUCCCACUCCGUGCCCCCGUCGAGCGACGCGACCGGCGGAACCAAGUUCCUCAAACGUGCCACCACCUCCGACAUCCCCACCAAAAACGACCGCCGCCCGCUCGUCAAUUCUCCCACAUUCGACCGGUUGAUCCGCACCCAGAAGCGUAAACUCGCCAAGAAAAAGUACCUUCGGCGGUACGCGAGUGCAGUGACUGACUCGAGCAGCGGCCCAGACGAGUCUGACACGGAUAUAUCUGUGGACGUGUACGGCCUCAAACGCCAUCCCAGCAUGUCGGCGAACUAUCUUUCCUGGCAGCCCACCAUUGGGCGCAAUUCCACCUUUGUAGCGCUCACGGAUGCCCAGAAAGAGGAACUAGGCGGCGUAGAGUACCGGGCGAUCAAACUUUUGUGCAAGCUUCUCGUCAUCUACUACGUGGGAUUCCACCUUGUCGCCGGAAUUAUGCUUCUCAUCUGGGCGCUGUGUCAUACAAACAUCCAGGUGCUUAUCCGCGCUCAAGGUGUUAACCCCCGCUGGUGGGCAUUCUUUACCAGCGCAUCAUCCUUCAACGACUUGGGGAUCACCCUCACGUACGACAGCAUGAUGUCGUUCCUGAAGGACGUGUAUGUGUUGCUUGUCUCGGGCUUUUUCAUCGUCAUUGGCAACACGGGCUUCCCGAUCUUGCUCCGCUUCCUCAUCUGGAUACAAUUCAAAUUUUCAUCGCAGCUUUCGUUGUACAGGGAGUCGCUUGGCUUUUUGCUCGACCAUCCGCGGCGCUGCUUCACGAUGUUGUUCAGUUCUGCGCCCACGUGGUGGCUCCUCUUCAUCUUGGUUACGCUCAAUACCGUCGAUGUGGUGUUGUUUGUGGUGCUUGAUAUCCACGCAGAGCUGUUGAAGGGGAUUUCUCCGGGGUUUCGUGUGUUGGACGGCCUUUACCAGGCGUUUGCAACCAGAACGGCUGGGUUUUCCGUGCUAGACGUCUCGGCGUUGCAUCCGUCGGUGCAGAUCUCCUACAUGUUGAUGAUGUAUAUUUCUGUGUUGCCGAUGGCGAUCUCUAUCAGACGGACGAAUGUGUACGAGGAGCAGUCCUUGGGGGUGUACAAGGGGGCAGAUGAGGGGUAUGAGGAUGCAAAGACCCCGAAGUCGUUCGUGUCUGCCCAUUUGCGGCGGCAGUUGUCGUUUGAUUUGUGGUUUAUUUUCUUGGGAUUGUUUAUUAUUUGCAUCGCGGAAGGCGGGAGGUUGCAAAGCGGUGACAGUCUGUUUUCGGUGUUUGCGGUGCUUUUUGAGAUUGUCUCGGCGUACGGAACGGUGGGGCUCUCGCUUGGAUACCCGGGCUCGAACACAUCUUUCUGUGGCCAGUUUACUGUACUCUCAAAGCUUGUGAUCAUUGCCAUGAUGAUCAGAGGGAGACACAGAGGCUUGCCAUAUGCGUUAGACAGAGCCAUCAUGUUGCCAAGUGACAAGAUGAACCAGCGAGAUGAGAUCCAG